ACAGUCAUGCAGAGAUCUACCAUGAUUAAAGCGAAAAAUAAUUUUUUUUUUGUAAGCCAAGCACCAUGGAAUUGUAAGCUAUUUUUUAAUAAAAUUGCAGAGACAAAUUUUAUCGUUGGGGGCAAAAUCUUACUAUACAACAAAACGGCUAAAUUUAAUAAGGGAAGUUAAUGGAAGCAGACGUGGUUUAAUUAGGGUUAGGGUUUAGGAUUAGAGUUAAGCGGAAGGGAUCAGUCCGGGGAAUUCGUUGUUUAGUGAGUCGAUUCGAUCGAUUCUUUUUUCUCGCACUUUCUGCCACUGAUUGCCUUUUUUGUACUUGACAGCCAAUUAUAUUAUUUAAUGCGACUGUUAAAAAAAGCGACCUACUUGUGAUUAGUUCUGGCCUAAAAAUAUCAAAACUUGGUUUUUCUUCUCGCGGUCAAGAUGCUGCUCUACAGCUAUAUUCUUGGAAAGAUAGUGCGGAUUCCACUGAUCUAGUGGCGAAAUUGAUAGCAGAGGGGGAAACCCUCGUCAUAAAUUGGUGGCGUGGGGUCUAUUGAGGGAAUAUAGAAGAAUAUGCAGAUGAAUAUUCAGUAGUGAAGAAGCGGAGGAGAGAGGAGGGGAAGGGAAUUAAUUGUGAGAAGGCUGAGUCAGCAUGACUGACCUGGUGGCGCGGACGGGUCGGCAUCAGCAGCGUUAUGAGAGCGGCUAUCGUCUUGUUGCCGGGUGCAUUCCGUAUCGGUAUGCAGGGGCUGAUGAUGAUUGCAAUGGUAAUUGUAAGCAGAAAAUUGAAGUUCUUAUGAUUACUAAAGAGAAUAAACGUGGUCUUCUUUUUCCAAAGGGAGGGUGGGAAACAGAUGAAACCAAAGAGGAGGCAGCUAGACGAGAAGCACUAGAAGAAGCAGGAGUUCGAGGGGAGAUUAAGGUACGCUUGGGAACUUGGGACUUCAAGAGCAAAGGUGAACGGAAUGAAUGCAAUCCAGAAGGCCUUUGCAGAGCAGAGAUGUUUGCACUGUGUGUCACUGAGCAGCUGGACUCAUGGCCUGAACAAAAUGAACGCCAACGUCAGUGGCUCUCAAUUGCAGAUGCAGAUAAACAAUGUAGGCAUGCCUGGAUGCGAUCUGCUCUUAAUGCAUGUAUUGAAGCAGUUUCUUCUUCUUCAAAAUCAGUUGUGCCUGUAACUGAAAAUUGCACUGCUCGGUUCUCCGACCAGGAACAAUCUUGACAGGCUAUAGGAGUGAGAGCUUGUGUGGAAUUAACUUCUGUUCUCGAAUUCAUAUUUUUAUCGGAUGAAGUUAAAAAUAAUGUUUUAUGGUUGUAAAAGAGUAAUAUUUAGAAAGAAAAUGAAGAUUUUGUUCUUUAA